AAGGAAAGUAAGGAAGUUAAAAAGGCUUAAGCGGGCAAGGAGAAUUUCAACACAUAUCAGUCAGAACGAUCAGAGGCAGAGCAAAUUCAAUUUCGAAACAGUGACUAUUACGAGAAGCGAAAUGGAUACGUCGCUUCUUCUUCCGAUCAUCGAUCUUUCUUCGCCGGAAAAAAUCUCCACUACUCAAUUGAUUCGUCAGGUUCGUCUCCUGCUUCUACUAGUGUAGAAACAUUGCUUCUCCUGCUUCUACUAGUGAUAGGAUUUUAGGGAAUUCAAUUUUCAUUUUCACUUGUUUUUUCGCCGAUAGGUAAGUGACGAUGAUGAUAGAACUAGUACCUGUAGCAUCAAUUGACGAAGAUUGGUUUAUCUUUUUUUUUUUUGUUGAAUCGCUCUAAUUGGCGUUUUAAGAUUUUGAGUAUCUCAAUUUAUGGUCUGUGUUAUUUAUUUGGAGGAGGUCUUUGUGUAUAGACAAUCUUUGUUUGAGAUAUGUCUCUAUGAUUGCUGGUGAACUGUUUGCUUUUGUUACGUAUGUAAGGCAUGUCUUGAACAUGGAUUCUUCUAUGUCAGGAUCAUGAUCCGGAAGAAUUAAUUGGAAGGGGUUUUUAAGGAGAGCAAAGGCUUCUUUAAUCUCCCAUUAGAGGAAAAGAUGGCUUUACUCCGCCGUGAUUUGCUCGGUUAUACUCCGUUGUAUGCUGAGAAACUUGACCCGUCCUUGAGCUCCAUAGGUGAUUCCAAGGAAAGCUUCUAUUUUGGCUCUUUGGAAGGUGUUCUAGCUCAACGUUACCCUAACCAAUGGCCUUCUGAAGGUAUCUUGCCAUCAUGGAGGCAAACCAUGGAAACUUACUACAAGAAUGUCCUGUAAGCAGUUGCUCUCUUGUCGUUCUUCUUCAAAGUGAAUCUCAAACUAAAACUUCAUACCUAUAUUCUCAGUUGAGAAUAGGUUUCAAGUUCAUUUCAACAGUUAGAUUUAAACCUUGAUGGUAGGAAUAAAUAUAGUCUAUUUUAGCCAAGUACAUCGGUAGUACAAAUGAAAAAUUCUUUUCAGGUCAUAAAUUGUAAGUAGAUUAGGCUGUUUCAUGAGUAUUUCCUCUCUUUUAUUUGCAAUUUCCAUAUUACUUUCCUGGAUCAACUUGCUAGUUGUGUGUUUGCAUUCCUGCUUUAAGGUCCGUGGGUAGAAAAUUGCUUGGCUUGAUUGCCUUAGCAUUGGAUUUAGAUGAGGACUUCUUCGAAAAAGUUGGAGCCUUGAAUGAUCCUACAGCAGUUGUUCGCCUCUUACGAUAUCCAGGUGUGUCUAUGUACAUCAAAAAGUUCUGGUUGGCUUGAUAUUAAUCUUAAUGAACUUUGGUCAGAGUUAGAUCGUAACAUAUGUAAUCAGUGGAAACUUAAGCCACAUUCCGGGAGUUUGAGUCAGGUUUUGAUCUCUGCACUUGUUAUGAUUAUAGGUGAAGUGAUUUCGUCAGAUGUUGAAACGUAUGGUGCCUCAGCUCACUCAGAUUAUGGAAUGGUCACUCUUCUUUUGACUGAUGGAGUUCCAGGACUUCAGGUUUGUAGAGACAAAUCGAAACAACCACACAUUUGGGAAGAUGUCCCUGGAAUUAAAGGGGCGUUUAUAGUCAACAUUGGUGAUAUGAUGGAGAGAUGGACCAAUGGAUUGUUUCGGUCUACAUUGCACAGAGUGAUGCCGGUGGGAAAAGAACGUUACUCGGUGGUGUUCUUCUUAGAUCCCAAUCCAGAUUGUAAUGUGAAAUGCUUGGAGAGUUGUUGCAGCGAAACUUGUCCCCCAAGAUUCCCGCCUAUUCUCGCCGGCGACUAUAUCAAGGAGCGUUUCAGGCUAACAUACGCCACUUCCUAGUCUUAUGUUUGUGACGAAAUGUAAGAAAAAAAUAGUGUUCAAACUUCUACGUACCAUAAUGUUUAAUUAGUGAAACUUAUGGAACUUGAAAAUGAUUAGUCAGUCAAAGUCUCAAAGAUAGACACGUUUAAAAGCCGUGGAACUUGAAUGGGCGUUUACGUGUUUGGACCAUACUCAUACACAUGGCGAAUUUUCUGUGGUUUAUAGGGACAUUACUGUUUCAAUUCAAAAGACAAACAUUUUAAUAUUUACGAG